AUGGUUAAGGAUUUCGAGAUUGUUUGUUGUGCCAAGAGAAUUUCCACCAUAAAUGUCUGGUGGAGGUCUGCAUGGUGCAACACAGUAUACUUUGCUUCUCAGUGUGAAAACAUCUGGAUUCCAUUGUAUAAAGAGAGAAAAGAAGAAAGAUUGAGAAAAAUGGAAGAGAGAAAGGUGUACUUGCAACUCCACGAGGCAAUGGAAGCCCUCCUUCACAUAUGCAGAGAUGGGUGUAGGACAAUUGGGCCUCGUGACAAAGUUCUGAAAGGAAGACAGAUUCCCUGCAAUUUUACAGCUUGCAAAGGGCUUGAGGCUUUAGUCCGCCAUUUCUCCAGUUGCAAGACUCGAGUUCCUGGUGGAUGUGUUCACUGCAAACGCAUGUGGCAGCUGCUUGAACUACAUUCUCGAAUGUGUGAUGAGCCUGAUUUAUGCAAGAUCCCUCUUCGUAGGCACUUCAAGGAGAAAAUGCAGCAGCAGAGCAAGAAAGAUGAAUCCAAAUGGAAAUUGUUGGUAAGCAAAGUACAAACAGCAAAGAAAGCUUUGGGGCCAUUCUCUGCAAGGCAUGCAGGCUUAUUAUGACAUCCCCCUUUUCAAAUUUCAGCUAUAUUUUAUUUGUCUGAAAUUUAAAACAUCCCCCAACUUUGUUUAAUAAAAAU